AUGGCCGGAAGUGGAGUUGUAACCGUAUACGGGAAUGGCGCAAUCACUGAGACUUCAAAGAAAUCUCCAUUCUCAGUGAAAGUGGGCCUUGCCCAGAUGCUCCGUGGCGGCGUUAUCAUGGACGUUGUCAAUGCUGAACAGGCCCGGAUAGCGGAGGAGGCUGGUGCAUGCGCCGUCAUGGCACUUGAGCGUGUUCCUGCGGAUAUUCGGGCACAAGGUGGCGUCGCCCGCAUGUCAGAUCCACAGCUGAUUAAGGAAAUUAAGCAGGCGGUUACUAUUCCUGUUAUGGCGAAGGCCCGGAUUGGGCAUUUCGUCGAGGCCCAGAUUCUAGAGGCUAUAGGGAUUGAUUAUGUUGAUGAGUCUGAGGUGCUUACGCUUGCUGAUGACGAGAAUCAUAUUAACAAGCAUAACUUUAGAAUCCCUUUUGUUUGUGGCUGCCGGAACCUCGGGGAGGCCCUCCGCCGUAUAAGGGAGGGCGCUGCCAUGAUUCGUACCAAGGGGGAAGCGGGUACUGGGAAUAUUAUUGAGGCGGUGCGUCAUGUGAGAUCGGUUAUGGGAGAUAUUCGUGUCCUUCGUAAUAUGGAUGAUGAUGAGGUGUUUACAUUUGCGAAGAAGAUCCAGGCGCCAUAUGAUCUGGUGAUGCAGACCAAGCAGCUUGGCAGGCUUCCAGUGGUGCAUUUUGCAGCCGGUGGGGUGGCCACACCUGCAGAUGCCGCCCUCAUGAUGCAGCUGGGAUGUGAUGGCGUGUUUGUGGGUUCUGGAGUGUUCAAGAGUGGGGAUCCUGCCCGCAGGGCUCGUGCCAUUGUCCAGGCCGUCACUCACUACAGUGACCCGGAGGUUCUGGUUGAUGUUAGCUGUGGGCUCGGGGAAGCAAUGGUUGGAAUUAAUCUCAAUGAUGAGAAGGUCGAGAGGUACGCUAACAGGUCCGAGUGA